AUGAAUCUGUGUUCCUGGAACUGUAGGGGUCUAGGUGCGACGGACUCCCCUAAAGUUCCUUACAUUGGCUCUGUAGUCCGUUCUUUAGGUUUGGAUGUUUUGUUUUUGAUGGAAACAAUGUUGCCUGUACAUAUUGUAUCUCAAAAGUUGUCUGCUUUUUCUUUUGCGGGUAGUUGUGGGGUGGACGCUCUGAGGAUGAGCGGGGGUUUAUUUUUGGGUUGGUUUCAUGAUGUAUCUUUAGUUCCUCUUUUGGUUUCUAGCAACUUUGUUCUGUGUAAAUAUUUGAAAGUUGUUAAUGAAAUAAGCUACCUGCUCUUUGUGUACGGUGCGCCUCAUGUGGCUGAUCGAGGUCUAGUUUGGGAGGAAAUUUUCAAAAUUUUGACUGAAUAUCCGAAGGUGGUUUUGGUAGGAGAUUUUAAUCAGGUUGAAUUUUUAGAUGAUAAAAUUGGGGGUUCGCCUCAUAUUUCUCAACGCUUGCAGUUUAUGCAAUGGCGUUUGGAUCAAGAACUUCAGCCUAUUCAAUUCUCGGGACCCCCGUUCACUUGGACGAAUGGACACCAUGACAACUCUGUCACUUUUUAG